AUGCUUUACCACUCGCUCCGAGUUGGCAUUGCUCGUCUUGCACUCGCCGACACAACACUUUCGGCCACACGUCGAAUAUUGUGUUCAACCUCAGCUCGAGCUCCGACUGACGACAGCAAGCAGCAAACGCUCGAUCGUUACACACGGCAAUCUGACAGUCCACUUACCGAUCAGAAGAAAGCAUUUCUACAGCACAACAUUCGGAAAAUGAGAGAUACACAAUAG